AUGGAGACUUUGCCCUCAAGGCCUGGGGAACGAGCUCUUCAUUCGCAAGCCUCGGCCCUUUCCCCAGACAGGGAAGAAUCAAUGAUGACUAAGGAGCCAUUGACCUUCGAGGACGUGGCUGUGGUCUUCACGGAGGAGGAGCUGGGGCUGCUGGACUCCGCCCAGAGGCAGCUGUACCGAGACGUGAUGCUGGAGAACUUCAGGAACCUGGUCUCUGUGGUUGUCUUUAACCCCGUAGGAGACAAGAAUGAAAAGGAUUUGGAGUAUAUUCGAGAAAAGGAAUUAAAACUCCUUUCCUACAGAGAGCUCUUUUACUGGAAAAUCUGGGAACAGGUGGCCAGUGAAUUAAUGGGGAGUCAAAACCAUAGUGUAAAUCUUCAAGAGAAAGGUUUCCAGUUCUCGGAAGAUGGUUCUCUCUGUCAAGGAGCAUCUACUCAGGGUUCCCAGAUUGAAAAUGUCGUGGAUGGUCUUCAAGGGGAUGGGCCCAUGAAUUUAGAAAAUCAAGAGCUUCCAUCCUGGAAAGCUGUAAGGCCAGUCUCCAUUCAAGAAUCUUGGAUGAAAGCCUUUGUGAAUGAACCAUGGAAUGUUCUAGAAAGAUGUAAAAAACUCAACAUGGAAGAUGCAAUAUAUAAAUGUGACUGGGAUGAUUAUGGCUUCAGCUGGGUUUCAUGUUGUCAUGAUGACCACAGAUUACCUGAAAGAGAAACCCCAUGUCAUGGUGAUAAAUGCAGAACAGAUUGCAUUAAAAAGUCAGUACUUCAUCAUCCUAACCCUAGAGAGAAUGACUUUGAAAGAAACGAAUGUGGAAAUGGCCUCAGGGACGAUUCAAACCUUCCUACUCAUCCCAGAGUACCCUUGAAAGAGAAACCCUAUAAAUAUCAUGAGUUUGGUAAAGGCUUGUGGCAGACUGCCUAUCUUGAGAGACAUCAAAGAAUUCCUUCAGGAGAGAAGUCAUUUAAAAGUGACGAGUGUGGUCGGGGCUUCAGGCAGAACAUACUCAGUCCCAGGAUCCACAUGGGGGAGAUGCCCUACAGAUGCGAUAUGUGUGGGAAGGGCUUCAGGUAUAGAUCAGUUCUUCUUAUUCAUCAGGGAGUGCACACAGGAAAGAAACCCUACAAAUGUGAGGAGUGUGGGAAGGCUUUCGGUCGGAGCUCCAACCUGCUUGUCCAUCAGAGAGUCCACACAGGAGAGAAACCGUAUAAAUGCAGCGAAUGUGGAAAAGGCUUCAGCUAUAGCUCGGUGCUUCAGGUCCACCAGAGGCUGCACACGGGGGAGAAGCCCUACACGUGCAGCGAGUGUGGCAAGGGCUUCUACGCCAAGUCCGCACUCCAUAAGCAUCAGCACGUCCACCCGGGAGAAAAACCCUACAGCUGCGUCGACUGUGGGAAGGGCUUCAGUUGCAGCUCCCACCUCAGCAGUCAUCAGAAAACGCACACAGGAGAGAAACCCUACCAGUGUGACAAGUGUGACAAGGGUUUCAGUCACAGCUCAUACCUUCAGGCUCACCAGAGAGUUCACACAGGGCAGCGUCUCUAUGAAUGUGAUGUGUGCGGGAAGAGUUUCAGUUACAGCUCAGGGCUCCUCAUGCAUCAGAGACUGCACACGGGGGAGAAACCCUACAAAUGCGAAUGUGGGAAGGGCUUCGGCCGAAGCUCAGACCUCCACGUCCAUCAGCGGGUCCACACGGGGGAGAAACCCUAUAAAUGCAUCGAGUGUGGGAAAGGCUUCCGGCGGAAUUCAGACCUUCAUAGUCACCAGAGGGUCCACACGGGAGAGAGGCCCUACAUCUGUGAUGUGUGUGGGAAGGGCUUUAUUUAUAGCUCCGACCUCCUCAUCCAUCAGAGGGUCCAUACGGGAGAGAAACCCUAUAAAUGUGCCGAGUGUGGCAAAGGCUUCAGUUACAGCUCUGGGCUUCUCAUCCACCAGAGGGUCCACACAGGUGAGAAACCCUACAAAUGUGAAGAGUGUGGAAAGGGUUUCAGGUGCACCUCAAGCCUUCACAAACAUCAGCGAGUCCACACGGGCAAGAGGCCCUAUACGUGUGAUCAGUGCGGCAAGGGAUUCAGUUACGGCUCAAAUCUUCGCACCCACCAGAGACUGCACACGGGAGAGAAACCCUACACAUGUUAUGAAUGUGGAAAGGGCUUCAGAUAUGGUUCGGGUCUCCUCAGUCACAAGAGAGUGCACACUGGAGAGAAACCAUAUAGGUGUGAUGUGUGUGGGAAGGGCUACAGUCAGAGCUCCCAUCUUCAAGGUCAUCAGAGGGUCCACACCGGUGAGAAACCAUAUAAAUGUGAGGAGUGUGGGAAGGGCUUUGGUCGAAGCUCCUGUCUUCAUGUCCAUCAGAGAGUCCACACUGGGGAGAAGCCGUACAAGUGUGCAGAGUGUGGGAAAGGCUUCAGUUACAGCUCAGGGCUGCGGAAUCAUCAGAGAGUGCAUUUAAGUGAAAAGCCUUAUAAGUAGAUGUGAGUUGAG